AUCGCCUUUACCCUCAUCGCUGGGCCCGUCCACUCUGUCCUCUUGGUCCCAAAAUCACCAGGUCAGGAACCUCGCUUUCAUUUUCUUUGGCUUAUAAUCGCAACACAUCGCAUCGCAUCUGUCCCCGAGCUCGAGCAAGCAUCAUCUGCAGCUCGGCUUGAAGCGUGCACGCACACACUACACUUGGAAUCUACCCCCGCAUCGCGUGGAACCUACAUACGCAAUACCUAAUACCAAAUAAAUCCGCACUUGGCGGCUCAGAAGCAUGGCAGGAUCGACCAAGGGUAGCUCGACGGGAGCUGGAGCUGGAGCUCCGGAAUUCUCAGCAGCAGUGCGCAAGUCAAUUCUCACAACUCUGUUCUUCUCGCUACUGCUCGAUCUGCUUUCGUUUACUCUGAUCCUCCCGCUGUUCCCGCGCCUACUCGACUUCUAUCGCUCGCAGCCCAACAACACCCUGCUGGACAGCAUCUUUACGUUCCUCAACGCCUUCAAGCAAUCGUUCCACCGCCCGAUCAGCUCGCGCUUCGAUGUGGUCCUCCUCGGCGGUGCCCUCGGCUCGCUGUUCUCGUUGCUUCAAGCCAUCGCCUCUCCCAUCAUCGGCGCCCUGAGCGACCGCUACGGACGCCGCACAGCCCUCCUCUACUCGAUGGCCGGAAACAUCGCGUCAGUGGCGCUGUGGGUUUCGGCGAGCACCUUCCCGGUGUUCCUGGCGUCGCGCGUAAUCGGCGGCCUGUCGGAGGGCAACGUUCAGCUGGCAAUCGCGAUCGCAACGGACGUAUCGACGACCGAGAAUCGGGGACACACGCUCGCACUCGUCGGCGUGGCGUUCAGCAUCGCCUUCACGCUCGGGCCGAUGAUGGGCGCGUACAUGAGCAGCAAGACGCUGAGCCUGGAGAAUCCGUUCAUGACCACUGCGCUGUUCUCGCUGGCGCUGUUGGUGGCCGAGACGUUGUUCCUCUACUUCAAGCUUCCCGAGACGCGCAGGACUCGCACCGAGGAACAGAAGGCUUCUGCGAAACCGGUCGAUUCGAAGGGACUGGGGCUGCUCAAGUUCACGCACCUCGCCUUCCUGCUGAUCUUCUCGGGCAUGGAGUUCUCUCUGCCGUUCAUGACGUACGAUCUGUUCAACUACAGCUCGGCGCAAAACGGCCGCGUGCUCGGGUUCAUUGGUUUGCUGGCAUCGCUGCUGCAGGGCGGGUUCUCGCGUCGUGCGAAAGCGAGCGUCGUCGCAAAGAUUGGGCUCGUCAGCUCGGCGCUUAGCUUCUUCCUCCUGGCGAAGACCAACAGCCAGGGGAUGUUGUAUCUUGCGGCUGCGUUCUUGGCCGUCACGUCGGCGUGCGUCGUCACGGCGUUGAACACGCUGGCUAGCCUGCGGGUGGGUGAGGAGAAUAGGGGCAGAGGCAUGGGCGAGUUCAGGAGUGCCGGACAAAUCGGCCGUGCAAUUGGACCCGUACUUUUCUGCUCGCUCUAUUGGUGGGCUGGCAGGGACGCUGCGUAUAUCACUGGCGGAGUCGGUAUGUCGUUGUUGACGGCGGUGGCGUGGAAGGGGCUGGUCGACCCUGCGGCGAACGUGGAGGAGAUGAAGACGAAGAAGAAGGCGUAAAAUGGUCGUUCUCCGGUGGAGAGAUUGGGUUCAAUUCUCUACAUAGAUGCUCGGCUUGUGUCGGUGUACUACCUAUACAAAACACUAUCCACGCGG